AUGCGGCUAAGCGGCUACGAGGUCCAACAGCAGCAACAACCUCAACAACAACAACGGCAGACAGAUCCUCGGCAGGAUUUUUUCGAGAGCUCUGCAGAACCUUCUCCCGAUCCUCCUCUGUCGGCUGGAACGCAAACAGCAGCAGCGCUCUGCGCAUCGCGUGAGGUGUACAGACAGCUUCCUGCGAGUGCGUGGCCUUGCCGGUUCGUCUUGGAGGCUUUUUUAGAUCUCAAGAGACAGCGAGCCGCCUACUCUGUAUGUACCCCGGCGGUUCGUCCGGCAGCAGAUAUCCGAGCACCUCGUGCAGCAGUGAAUGCAGCGGCUCCCGUCACGCUCAGACAGAUCAUUGCGGAUUUGAACGAACUCCAAGGAGACGCUGUCUCGGAGCAGCACAAGGAGCUUCGCAAGACGCAGGAGGCGUUUAGCGCUGCGGAUUUGUCUGUCAUCUCCAGUAAGAUCCGGUCUCUAGACAACAAUGCCUCGCCCUUCCUCGCAGGGGGAUGCUUCCUUGUACUCAAGAACUUCAGCAGCAGUAGCAGCAGCAGUAGCAGCAGUAGCAGUAGCAGUAGCAGUAGCAGUAGCAGUAGUAGCAGCAGCAGUAGUAGCAGCAGCAGUAGCAGCAGCAGUAGCAGCAGCAGCAGCAGCAGUAGCAGUGGGGAGUUGGGCUGUCCGUCCAGUCGUUGCAGUGCGCGGCUGCAGCUGCUGCCUUUAGAGGCUUUGGACAGUCUUCGUGACCUUUUGCCCUUCCAGGAGCAGCUGUUGUCGCAGCAGCAAGAGGAGCAGCAGGAUGCGCCCCAGGUGUACUUGUGCGUGAUGGAUCCGUCUUCGAAUACGAAUGCUUUGGGGUGGCCUCUGCGUGGCUUGCUGCCUGCUUUGAGCGCGCGAUUCGCGUUGGGAGGGCGCCAGCUGUCAAUUCUUUCCUUCAGAGACUGGCUCUUAGAUCUUCGUGUGGAGAGUGCUGCGGCAGCGGCUGCUGCAGCCGAAGCAGCUGCUGUUGCUGCUGCGCGCGAAGCAUCGAAGUGCAACGCAGCAGAGGGCAGCAGCGAAGAGGCGGCUCUUGCAGCAGCAGCUGCAGCAGCAGCUGCAGCAGCCGCAGCAGCAUGGGGGCAGGUGGUUGCACCGCUCUCUCGAGUGUUUGUCGCGCAACUGCCGACUGCAGCAGACCUCGCUGGAAUUUUCACGCCUGCCGCCCCAGAGCAUGCAGCGCCUGCAAGUGUGACCUUCCCCCUGCAAGCUCCUGCGGGAGAGCGACGGAGAGCUUCGAUGGUUGUGGCGCGCUUGAAGCGAGUAGUCUCUUCAGGAACCUCCGAGAACCCCCCACGGAUAGAGGCCUUGUUUCAUGUGGACUUAGGGCGUUUUCUCGAUCCUCGUGUGAUGCAGCAGGAAGCUGACGAUCUCAAUAUCCAGCUUAUCAGAUGGCGUGUGCUGCCCACCUUCGUGCCGGAGUCUUUGCAGUCUCUUCGCAUUUUAGCAAUCGGCGCAGGAACUCUUGGCUGCGGCGUUGCUCGACUCCUCGCCGCUUGGGGUGGUGGCUUGGGUCGACUCAAGGCAGAAGCUGCCCGUGAUGGUAUCCUGGCUGUCAGGCCUAGCAUGGAAUGCAACGCAGUAGUGCUCGACGUUCCCAUGCCAGGGCAUCCCCGAUUCUUGCUGGGUGGCUUGCUGAGUCGCGGUGUUGCCACAAUGGAGCGCCUUGUGGAUUCUCACGACGUCAUCAUGCUGCUUACGGACAGCAGAGAGUCUCGCUGGCUGCCCUCCUUGAUAGUCGCGGAGAGGGCACUUGAUGAGCAGUGCACUGUUACUAGGCCAGGCAUUGGGGCCUUAGCCUGUUCGGUGGCUGUAGAGUUGUUAGCAGCGCUGACACAACACCCCCUUCGCUUCGCUGCUCAGCACUCCGAGACAGAUCCCCUCGCAGGAGGCAGCGCUGCUGCUGCUGCUGCUACUUCGCAACAGCAGAAACACCAACAGGGGUUCUCCUGUCUCGGUGCCACGCCGCAUAUGAUAAGAGCAAACUUUGCAGGUGGGCUGGCUGCUGCCGCUAAAACGUUCUGCUGCCCUUCUCUGCUCUCCUCGCUCUCUUUUGUAGCUCCUUCGCCGACCAAUACCUACCCUCUUGCUGCUCUCGCCUUUUCGUGA